UCGCCUCGGACUGCCACGAAAAACAUCAGCCUCCGGCGGACAUCGGCGUCAACAUGUCUGUGGCUAUAAGUGGCAGCCAAACAAAAAUUCCCACGGCACGUCGAGCGUCUCAGGCGAAACCCAAAAUUGCUGAGCGAGUGUGUUGCUCCGAGGGCCUCUUGCCCGAAAACUACGUCGAGCUGUUCACAAAGAUCGCGGGGAAGUUCGAGCUCUGCCUAGACGAAAACGACAAAGUGGUCGCCAGCCUGGCGACCAUCGAAGUCUCAGAGGACACCGUCUACUUAGGCCUUAUGAGCAUGAGCCGGCCGGACAGCUGGCCGUACGUCUACCAGCUCUGCAAGGACACGGUCGAGAAGCACGCCGACAAGAACGUGUUUGCGCGCGUCACGGAGGAGAUGGAGCGAGCCUGCAAGAUCACCGACGUGCUGCCCGUCCGCUCGCCCUGGAUGCUCGUGAAGACGGUGGCCAAGGUGAUAGAGCCCUGCAGACUUGUCUACCGCAUCCCAGGAGUCACAACGCAACCGAUGACGCCGCAGAACCUGAAGGAAGGGGCUCUUUACGAUGAGCAAGUCAUGAAGAGCCAGCGAGACGACUACCUCUCGGCGUUGACCUCCGACAAGGGCUCCUUCAGCCGGGUGGCUUAUGAAAAAGGCGCCGUGUGUGGCCUCCUGGUGGCGCAGCGACUACACGAUGGCUCCGCGAUCGCCACGCACCUGGUGGCGGACGACAAGCACGUGGCCAAGAUGCUUCUGCUGGAGGCGCAGAAUAACUUCCCACCGGCUGCGCACAAGGGCUUCGUGCUCGUCGUGCCGCUCAUGGAGGAAGGCGAUAAGCACGGCUCCUACAAUUUCGCCGAGGACCUACAGCUGGUCGGGGACAGGGAGUCCUGCUUGCUCUUCAGCCGCUCCGCACUGCCUAUUGCGUACAAGAAGAUCUACUCUCUGGGAGACUUCGUCUGAUCAGCGUCUGUGUGCGCCAGCGGCCUUGAAAUAAAAAAAGUUCGGCAGCA